GUCUGCGCGCAGCGCCCAGCCCGCCUCCGGCCCCGCGCGGCUCCGUGGCGCCCGGCAGCCCGGCCCUCCCGCCUGCGAGGCAGCCUGUCACGUGUCAGUAUCCGAGGUCGAGAUCCAGAGAAAAACGCGCUUCAUUCCUCCCACCGCCAUACUGUAUUUUAUACCAAAUCUCAUUUUUAUUCCAACAUUUUACUCCCGCUCGGAUUAAAACACGGUGACCCAAACAUGACUGGCAAAACACAGACCAGCAACGUCACCAAUAAGAAUGACCCCAAGUCCAUCAACUCCCGGGUUUUCAUCGGCAAUCUGAACACAGCCAUUGUCAAGAAAGUUGACAUUGAAGCCAUUUUUUCCAAGUAUGGGAAGAUCGUCGGAUGCUCCGUUCACAAAGGUUACGCAUUCGUGCAGUACAUGAGUGAGCGGCACGCGAGAGCAGCGGUGGCCGGAGAAAACGCCAGGAUCAUCGCAGGCCAGCCCCUCGAUAUCAACAUGGCCGGGGAACCCAAACCCUACAGACCAAAACCCGGGAACAAGAGGCCCCUCUCUGCUCUGUACAGACUUGAGUCAAAGGAACCUUUCCUAUCUGUUGGUGGUUACGUCUUCGACUAUGAUUACUACAGAGAUGAUUUCUACAAUCGGUUGUUCGAUUACCACGGCCGCGUGCCUCCACCUCCCCGCGCGGUCAUCCCGCUGAAGCGCCCCAGGGUGGCUGUCUCGACGACUCGCCGGGGAAAAGGGGUCUUUUCCAUGAAAGGGGGGUCGAGAUCUGCCGCCAGCGGGUCCUCUUCAUCAGGCUCGAAAUUGAAAUCGGAUGAGUUACAGACAAUCAAGAAAGAAUUAACGCAGAUCAAAACUAAAAUCGACUCCUUGCUGGGGCGCCUGGAGAAGAUUGAGAAGCAGCAGAAGGCAGAGGCGGAAGCUCAGAAGAAGCAAUUGGAAGAGAGUAUAGAGCUGAUCCAAGAGGAAUGUGUGUCGGAGAACGCAGACCACUCUCCCGAGGAGCCUGCAGAAGGAGGGCCCGACGCAGACGGCGAGGAGAUGACUGACGGUGUAGAGGAGGACUUCGAGGAAGAUGGGGGCCACGCACUGUUUCUACAGAUAAAGUGAUCUGAAUGAAUGAAUGAAGCCACGAAGCAGAAAAGAGGCGUUCUGACAACCCCAGAGAUGUCAGAGGAGAUUCCUGACUGGAGAGCAACAUCUUUGGUUCAAUUUACAUAAAAACCCAAAUAAAUAAAAUGGACAGUAUUGUUCAGUCUUAGAAAUUCCAUUUCUUCUAUGUUCUGAGCUGUAUAAUUGUCAGAUUUUUAUGGUUUAGAUUGUAAAUGUGUGUUUCCCUUUGCUAAUUAUGUUUGGGUUGUUGUUGUUGUUGUUUGUCUUAAAAAUCUUAAAAUGUGAAGGAUAUUAUGAAUGGUGAGGGAGACACUAUAUACAAAUGUAUAUUUGUAAAAGCUAUUUUUAUGAUUAGCAUGUUUCACCAUUGGUCAUAUAUAAAGUCGGGUGAUAUUGCAAUUCUAUGUUUAAAGCUUAUUCCCAACAAUGUUAUGUAAGAAAAGAUACAUCAUAUGCUAGUUUUUGUAAUUUAUUUUUAAUUUAUAGUUUAAAGUACUUCAGAUCAUAAGGAUAAAAUACUUGAAAAGGUUAUAUUUCUGCCCUAUAUGCGCACCAUUUUUACUCAUAAGGAAUGCAACUAUUUCAGAUGUGAGGCAAGAGCUAAAGGUGUCGGCGUGACCUGUGGUUGAGUUCAGCGUCCCUCUGCUCUCCUGGAUGGGAUGACCCUGCUCUCACCCAACCCGCAGUCAGGGGCAGGAGAGCCCGGGGCAGGUGUCAGUGUGAGUGCAGGUGAGAAUGCGGAGGGAUGGUCUCGUCUUGGACCCACGCGUGUACCUGAGUGCCAGCACCGUCCAUCUCCUGCGACCAGGAGCCUCCCUGCUCCC